CUCGACCCGCGCUGGCCGUUGUAGCAGUCCCAAAGCGCUCCAACGAUGGCCAACUUCCUCAACCCAAGCGCCGGCGGGCAGGGCCGCUCGGGCCAGGCCCGCGACAUGCUGCGCGGCAUGGCCAACCCCAGCUCCGUCGGCGGCGGCGAGCCGAGCGGCAAGAGCGACAUGGACCGGCUGAAUGACGCGGCGAUGAAAAUCACGCAGAACGCGGCGGAGCGGAACCUGCGCGCGGACAUGGAGGCGGAGGCGGCGGAGGCGGCGGCGGCGGAGGAGGCGCGGCGGAUAGCCAGCCACAGGGAGAUUGAGGUGGAGGAGGAGGUCGCCGAAGGAGACGACGACGAGUGGGACGACGACGACGAGAUGCAGUCGCUGCAGGAGAAGCGUUUGGCGGCGCUCAAGGCGCGCUUCAACGCGGAGAAGCAGCACGCGGCGCAGGGGCACGGCGAGUACCGCGAGAUCGGCGAGGAGGACUUCCUAGGCGCCCUUCUUUGUGCGCAAACUCGCCCUCACCGUCCUGCCCGCCGUCCUGGUCUUCAAGGACGGCGUCAAGGGAGAGCAGCUGUUUGGCUUCGAGGACCUCGGCGGAAAGGACGACUUUCGCACGGAGGUGCUCGAGCACUGGCUGGGCAUGGCGGGCGCAAUCAAGAUGAAGGCCAAGCAGGUCGCGCGCUUCCGCCAGCGGUACGCAGACGGCGCCCGCGCGACGCCGCUCUCUGACGACGACGACUCGGGCGCCAGCUCGGACGAGGGCGGCCGCUAGAGCGAGGCAGUCCGCAUACAGGGCCGCGGUGUGUUCCAGACUCUACCUCACGUUUUUGUGUAUUGUUCACAUCUUGUGCUGUCAUAUAUC